GAUUUCCCGCACAAUCUGGCAACCCUUGAGGAGGAAAGAGCCGAAGAAAGGAGCCAUCCGCGCGUGUGAUUUGUCUUUGUAGAGCCGACUCGGUGAACGUCUCGCGUCGGGAACUUUGUUGGCUUUUCUGCAUGAAGUCGAGUCAGAAAUCCUUCAACUCGAAUACACUAAGAUUGCAAAUUAAAUCCGUUUUUGUUCGUCCUUUUUGUUUUUGAAAAGGGGACGAAUGCCAUGUCCAUUUGGUUUUGGAUUUAAACCAAAGGUCUAACUGGGACCACAAAAGACCGUCCACACACAACAGGUCUACAACUCGCUCCUCUUUGUAUUUUCAGCCGUUAACAGGGAUUUCUUUGUUUUUUUUAUAUACUUCACCUAUCAUGGCUGCUGUGACAAGCCCAGAGACGAGCCCGCAACCCCGGGUAUAUUUCCAGACGCCGACCGGCACCACGGAAGAACCGGAGACACCGGUCCGUAAGCAGGGACGCGUCACGGUCAAAUACGACCGAAAGGAGCUCCGGAAGAGACUGAACCUGGAGGAAUGGAUUAUCGAUCAGCUCACGGACCUCUACGACUGUGAGGAGGAGGCCAUCCCUGAGCUGGAGAUUGACGUGGACGAGCUUCUGGACAUGCCCAGUGACCUCGAACGGGCUGCCAGGGUCAAGGAGUUGGUGGUUGAAUGUUUCAAGCCCACGGAGAUCUUCGUGUCCGAGCUACUGGAUAAGAUCCGAGGGAUGCAGAAACUCUCCACGCCUCAGAAGAAAUGAUAGAAGCUCCAACAUCCUGUCCUCAUACUCCUCCUCCUCCUACCCCUCCUCCUCCUCCUCUUCCUCAUCCCCCCACCAUCUCCUCUUAAGUUCCCUUUGUUUACUCUGUCUUCCUACCUCGCCUCACUUCUCCAUUUUCCUCAGUCCUCCUCCUGCCCUCCCCGUUUUUCCUCCUCAACCCUACAUUGUUUCUCCUCCCUCCCUCCCUCCCUCCCUCC